UCGAACCGAAUAAAAAGAGCGUCGGGUUUUAAGAAACGGAGAUCUGAAAAGUGAUUAUUACAGAGAGGAAGGAGAUAGAGAUUAGAGAGUCCCAACAGUGCGUGCUUGUCAAUGGCGAUCAAAGCGGGAAAGGUUUUGAGAACGGCUACUGCUGCGGCGAGGAAGUUCCAACAGAAACAGUUCUCAGCCACAUCGUCGGCGUCUACAACCACACCAAAUGUUUCCCCAUCUUCCGGUGUAGGAACAUUUCUUGGUUUUCCCAAGCUUCCUCGAUCGGAAUCUGAUUUAUUGAUCUCCAAGUACAUCAGACUCUACCAGGGACGAUUGACGAAGAAAGGUGAUUUCACAGAGGAGAAGCUAACGAAGAUGUUGUCUGGUGAAGACAAGAUUGGAAUUGGUGAGACGAUGAAGUUGCUAGAGGGCCGCAAAACUGGUUUUGAAUCUUCUAAAACACCAAACAACAACAAGCCCAAAGCCAUUAAAUAGUUCCUAUGUUUCAUCUCAGUUGUAACGACCCUGAAGCUUCAAAGUCUUUUUUUUUUGCAUUCUUAGUUUGUUUUUGUUGGAUUUCAACGAGUUUCUGCCUAAAUCACAAAAUAAUAAAUCCAAAAGAUCAAUUUUUAUUA